GUAUGGCGACAUGGCGAUCGAUCCCCUACGAAAACCUUCCCGACCGAUCCGUUCCAGGAUGGCAAUUGGACAUUCGGAGGCGGAGGUUUCGGACAACUUUCACCUAUUGGAAUGAAGCAGCACAUGAAGUUUGGAGAAUUCCUUCGGAAAACAUACGUUGACGACUUGAAAUUCCUUGGCAACAGAUAUUCGUCGAAAGAGAUUCUAUGUUCGCUCGACAGACAAAAAUCGAACGAUAAUAUCAGCUAUGUCAAAUAUCUCGGUAUGUACGGUCAGCAAGACAACAAUGCCAUUGCUGAUCUGGAUUAUCCAUCUGAUGACGGAUGGCCGAAAGGAUUUGUUCCGAUGUUAAAUCCAGACGCUCCUUGCCAUCGUCAGACAUGGCUAUGGAACAUGGCCAAAACCUCCCCAGAACUUCAGGAAUUUCAAACACGGCCGGAUGUCGCUGAUCUGCUUGCGAAUUUGACCAGACUCUGUGGUGAACCAAUCGACAUCGAUAAUUUAAAUGUAGUAAGAGACGCUCUGUUCAUCGAGCAAGUACAUGCUAACGACACCUUAAGGAAGGUGAACACGUGGUUCAGCGACGAUCUGUAUAAUAAAAUGACCACUGUAAAUGACCAAGUGCAAAUCUAUCAAAAUGGCAUAUUUGGUGAGUUACAUUAA